UCUCUGCUCAGUCCGGCUGCUGCUUGUUGGGAUGAAGUUCAGCGGACCGGCUGACUCGGUGCUGGGCUAGCAGAACCCAGAGCUCCGUCUGUCAGGCUGCAGAGCAGGAAGGGUCUGAGGAGGGCAACAGCAGCUGCACGGGGAAUAAUGGGAGCCUCUUACGGAAAGAAGAAAUCGUACAGCAUCGACCACGAGCCUCUGUCCAGGCAGCAGUGUGUGAAGAACGGAAAGCAGUCAAACGGCAAAGCCUCUGCGUACUCUGACCUGCAGCAGCAUGAUGUCCAUAGGAGGCCGUCCCCGGUGUCCAGCUAUGUCCCCCCACCUGAUUACAUGGAUGGAGAUGAGGAUGAGGACCUGAUCAAGCCCAAGAAGCUGGUGAACCCUGUCAAAGCCUCCAGGAGCCACCAGGAGCUUCACAGGGAGCUGCUGAGCAGCUGCAGAAGGGGGGGCAGUGGUGUGGAGACCAAACCAGAACUGCAGAGGGUUCUGGAGUCGAGAAAGAGGGACCAGCUGAUCCGACAGAGGAAACAGGAAGAAGAAGCUCACAGGAAGAUUUCCCCUCUGGAGGCCGAGUUGCUGAAGAGACACAUGAAGCUGGAGGAGCUGGAGCGCCAGCAGGAGCAGCAGCAGGAGGAGAACCUCAGAGCUCCAGAGUUUGUUAAAGUCAGAGAAAAUCUAAGACGGACCUCCUUCCAAGCAAACGAGAAGGAGGUGUAGAGAUGGAGACUGAAGGUGUCCAGAGGGUGACAGGAGGACUCUAAGGACAUAAACAGUGUCCCUAAGGGGACUCUGAGAGGACGGGGACACUGGCAGCCCUGAUGUCCCUCAGCAGAUGUUAACCCUUCUCAGACUGACUAUCAGCUGUGAUAGAAAAACUGAUUAAUGCUAAUGUUCGCUCAUUGUGACGAUCACUAAGAAAUCUGUCAGUGUCAGACCGCUGCUGCCACCUAGAGGUCAGCUUGGAGACAGCAGCACCUGGAUGAGCAGGUGGACCCACUUGGAGAAGAUCCUCCUGCUUUGUUUAGGUGGACAGAUCAUCUGCUCUCUCAUUGGUCUGAAUAAUCCUCAGGUAUUGUACCUGAAGCUGACAUCAUCAGCAGGUUCUGCUCCUCUGAUCAGUACGGUUCUUCUUGUGCCUUUUUUGACAGGAACCUGUUGGAGCCUCCUGAGGCAGAGACGUGUUUUAUUCAGAGGUUAUUCAAAUCAGAACAGUUAAUCAGCUGUUAGUUGCUAUAGAGAGAGUUUAAAAGAUGAAGUGAAGUUAGAUGUUGUAGCGUUAAGCUCUUUGACUUUAACCUACAUUAGAUGUUCCUGUAGGAACAGCUGCUAACGUCUGGUCCAUUCAGCUGUACCGCUGGGACCUGCAGUCAUGAACCUCAACAGGAACUCUGAGAUCUUAUAUCUCUGAGCGCCAUCAGCACUGCAGGAUUAACCAGACAAACCAUCUCACGUCAUGCAUAUUAGGGUUUUGUUAACUGAUGUUGUGCCUGAAUACAUUUUAUUAAAGAAGCUGCAGAGUUCUGAAAGUUUUCACUAAUAAAAAUUAGCUCUAAUCUCCA